AUGCAAACAAGCAAAAAGUUGUGCCAAAUUUACGAAGGAGAUGCUUCCCUUUUAAAAAAUAAGCCCUGUUCUACAACAGUUAAUGAGUAUCUAAUAAAAGAUGAUAUAAAUCAAGUUGAAAAAGAGUUUUUUCACGGAAUAAAUGGAGAAGCAAGUUCAUUUACCCACAGUCGUAAAUAUAAAUCAAAUAUCAGUGAAGAUACUUCACAGACACAGAACAAGCCCCAUUCUACAACAGUUAAUGAGGAUUUAAUAAAAAAUGGUAUAAAUCAAGUUGAUAAACAAUUUUGUCACGGAAUAAAUGGAGAAGCAAAUUCGUCUAUUGAUAAAAGUAAUAAUACAACCGACAUCAGUAGAAUUACUUCAAUUACAAAAAAUAAUUCCCAUUACACAAAACUAAAUGAUGAGUUACUAAAAAAUGAAACAAAUGAACUUGAAAAAGGAUUUUGUCACGAAAAAAGUGAAGAAGCAAAUUCGUAUAUUGAUGAAAUUUAUAAUACAUCAAAUAUCAGUAAAAAUAUUUCACUUACAAAAAUUAAGCCUCAAUAUACAACACUAAAUGAUGAGUUAGUAAAAAAUGAAAUAAAACAACUUGAAAAAGAAUUUGAAAUAAAUGGAGAAGCAAAUUCAUUUACCGAUAGUCGUAAAUACAAAACCAAUACCAUUAAAAAUACUUCACAGACAAAAAAUAAGCCCCAUUCUACGAGAGUUUAUGAGGAUAUGAUAAAAAAUGAAAUAAAGCGACUUGAAAGAGAAUUUUGUCACAUAAUAAACGGAAAAGCAAAUACAUCUACCGAUAAUCGUAAAAGUACAAAAAAAUGCACUAAUUGUAAUUCAAUAACAAAAGAUAAGACCUAUUCCAAAAAUAUGAAUGACGAAUGUAUAAAACAGUGCAAAAGAGACACAUGUCACGUAAUAAAUAAAGACGCAAAUUCAUCCGCUGAUAAUAAUGAAUAUACAAAAUAUAACAGUAAAGACAUUUCACUAAAAAAAGAUAAAAUAGCUUGGAACAAUCAAAACAAAGCAUUUACAAAAUCUUCUACUCAUCACCAUAUACAUAGUGUCGCCAUUAAUUACAAACCAAAAGAAAAUAACUUUCGUGAAGAAAAAUAUUUACCAAAAGAAAAAAUAUCAGAAGAAAACCGCUUACCAAAAGAACACUCUCUAACAAAAGAACAUUCCUUACCUAAAGAUACCUUUUUACCAGAAGAAAACGACUUAACCAAAGAAAACUACUCACCAGAAAAAUCUAAAUUAAGCGCUCAAAUAAUAAAUUUGCCUUUUAACGAUUUUCGAGAUUCUCUUUCAGUCAACAGCUCUCAAACAAAUGUAUCAUCUUCUAAUUUUAAUAAAAUUAUUAAAUCUGAUUUUUUAACAAAAUUAAAAGAAAUAUACAACGCAUGCAGUUGUAAAGUAUGUGAAUGCAUUUCUGGAAAAUUUCUAUCCACUAAUGAUAAUAUUUGCAAUUGUAAGGCUUGUGAAUGUGAUGAAUGUACUAAAUACGCGAGAAAUUUUAAACACGACUUAAAAUAUGCACCACACUCCGGAUGUCCUUGUGUUAGCUGUGACAGAAAAGAUUGUCGGGGCGUUGUAAAGAACGAACAAGAUGAGAGAAAAUGUGAUUGCAGCCCAUGCGAUUGUGUGAAAUGUUGGGAUUUUGCUUCUAAACCAUGUAGCUGCGAGCCCUGUCAAUGUACAGAAUGUAAUGCAUUAGGAGCUUCUCUACUGCGAACAGUCGUAGUUGCACCCGUACAAGGUAAUUUCCAACAGAAUAUGUGUCAAUGCGAACCUUGUGAAUGCAUAAAUUGCACCCAUAAUUACACUGCGAUGGCUUCUAAUCUAAGACGUCAAGUAUCAACGGAGAUAAUUUCACAUGCAGUCUGUCACUGUGAAACAUGUUCAAAUGAUACAUGUCAAUCAAAUGGCGAAGUUUGUAGGUGUGAUAUGCAUAGCAAAUUAAUGAAGAAACCUAAUGAGAGAGCAAGUCCUGACUACGAUAUUCAUAGAGCUAUAAUUAAUUGCCAAGAAGGAAAAGGUCAGUUUAACAGUCAUGAUACUAUAGUCACUUACGCUCUAUCAAAUAAUGAUUACUCAAAUCUCAAAUCGAAUAGUAAAAGCAAUUGCGACGAUUGCAAAUGUUUAAAUUGUGAAUGCAUUAAGUGCGAAGGGAAAUACAAAAUAUUGAAUAAAUGUCCUAAACCAUAUCAUGACUCAUUCAAUACUUGUAAAUGUUCGACGUGCGAAUGUCAAAUAUGUAGUAAAAUUAACGAACAAAAAAAUGCAGAAGUAAAUCGCUUUCGAUUUCAAUGCGGAUGUAAUAAAUGCAACUGUUUUGAUUGUAAGACUUUACCCAACUACGCUAAUGAUAGCAAUAAUACGAUAGCAACUAACAAUAAUUUGUGCAAAAUGUGUUAUCCCGCUAAGAAGGGUAAACUUUUAUCACCAUCAAUGUUUGAUACCCACAUGAGUUCCGUAUCUAAAUUAACCAGUUGUACGAGUAAUCAGUUUAAAAAGGAAACUAAAAACAAUUCUUACUUUAAUGUAUCUGCUAAUGAUUAUUUCUAUAGGAAACCGUCGCAUGAUAAAAAUGUAACAGUAUGCCAUACGGAAUCAAAGCAUAAUAAUAUGGAGAGUGUCUAUGAAAAAAAUAUAAUAUUCGAUGUUUCUGAAUACCCAUCAAAAAUUAUUGCUUCAGAUAAUGAAUACUAUCAAAAUGACUUAAAAAAGAUUGAAGAAAUUUAUGAAAAAGAAAAUAUCACCAUACUUUCUAAAAAUAGCACUUACAAUAACACUCGUGAUAAAUUAUGCGAGAUUUUUAAUACAAGAAAUCAAAAACCUAUAAGAGACAUUGAACUAUUAGAAAAAUACAUAUAUUUGCCGAACAUGUUGCCUAAAACAAAUGCAACUAUAAAGAAAUCUACAAUUAACUCAGACAAUGCUUCAAGCCAAAUUUUAAGCAACGACAUUGCUGAGACUUGCUUAAUUGAUAGAAAUUUGGUCCCAUGUAUAUUUCAAAAUACCUCCAAAGAAUUAGUUUAUACAAAUCCUCCGUCUGCUGUAAGUACUGAAGACAUUAACUUAAAUGAAACAUGUACUUUUAAAACAUUCCAUACAAACUCCUCAAAAAGUAUUAUGUUGUUUGAUAAAAAGUCAUCAUCUAUACAUAUUGAAAGUCACGAUUAUGAAAAUCCAUUUAUUAAUAUGAAUAAAAUAAAUGAUAACAAUGAUUUAAAAAAAGAUUUUGAAGACACGAGUGAUAUAAAUCCUGUUGAUUGCUUAGGAGCCACGUAUAAUAGUAGUAGCACAUUUACAGCAAACUCAAAUGAAAUUGUUAAUUUGAAGAACGGUAUGGUAAAUAAAAACUGCGAAGUUGAAGAAAAGAAGCGUUUUACCGCAAUAAGUAUGACGAAGCUAUCAAAACAUAACGUACAUAAAUGCUCUAAAAAAUUUAAAGGCAAAAAAUAUAAUAAAUUAUACAGUAGAAUAAUGAACUGCAAAGUUAAUGAGAAUAAUAUUAUACAGACAAAUCAAACUAAUAUUGUGCCAGAAGAAAAUACUAUUUUUGAGUCUGUCAAAAAGGACUUAUUAUCUAUAAAUGAUGACGAAGUAGAAAGUUUAGAUUAUAAUGUAAAAAAUAAGAGUGACUUGAUUUUCCAAAGUAAGGUUUCGUCUACGGCAUCGAUUAACAAACUCCUCACAUCGAGAAAUAUUUUUUGUAAAAACUUGAACACGGAAAUACAAAACAACAACGCAAAAGACAAUAUUGCGUGGCCCAUAAUGAGAAAGAAUUUAUAUUUAAGUUGUGCUGACGUCGCUAAAAGUAAUGGUACUAUACCUGCAAUGGAGUUCGAUAUUAAAAAGACAUUAAAAUCAAUUUCAUUGCAAACUUCAGAAAGUGUUAAUAAAAUUGAAACGAGCAACGGAAAACGAGCAUUGACUCGGCUCCUCAUUGAAGUACAUAAUUUAUUGAAUUUACCACUUCUGCAAUCAUCGCAUGUAAAUAUGUCUCCUGAUACAAAACAAGAAUCGAAUUAUGUGUCUAAGAGUGAAUUGGAUUUAGAAAUUCAAACUGUUCAUAGUAAUCUCACGAAAUCAAAGUGCAACUCUAUUGAUAAAGAAACUUACUGUAAUCUCAUUCGGUCAAUGGAAAUGCUUCAAGAAAACAUAACCAGUCUGAUGGAAAAUGUGUUAACAAACGCUGUUUAUAAAUCAGAACUAUUGACGCCGAAGCUAAAUCUGGAACAGGGACCUACGCACUAUAUACCUACAAUAAAUUCGGCAAAAAGCAGCUGCCAUGGUUUUAAAGCUACAUUCAUAGGUCUGAGAACUAUUUCAGACCACACCGUGAUGGUGAAAUGGAGACUACCACGUGAAGUAAUUUAUGUUCAAGGAUAUGAGCUGCAAGUAGACGGGCGACCAGUUCAGAAGAUAUUCAGUCCAACAAGGUGUAUGGCAAUUUUGACUUGCUUACCGCAUAGCGAAAAACUGCUGCUUACCAUCCGUACGCUGAUUACCUCUAACUUACCAUUCGAUCACCAACCAGCAGCUACCAUUGUUUAUCGUCCUCGCUUUAAAGGAAAUGCUAUUUACAGUAAAUAAGAAGUAUUUUAACUACAUUGCUUAUGUUCAACCGACAUAUAAUA